GCGGUCCGGCGGGUUCAAAGAGGAAAACAUGGCGGAAAACAAAGGCGGCGGUGAGGCAGAGAGCGGCGGCGGGGGCAGCGGCAGCGCGCCGGUAACCGCCGGGGCCGCCGGGCCCGCGGCGCAGGAGGCGGAGCCGCCUCUCGCCGCGGUGCUGGUGGAGGAGGAGGAGGAGGAAAGCGGCAGGGCUGGCGCGGAGGGCGGUGCGGCUGGGCCCGACGACGGGGGGGUGACCGCGGCCUCCUCAGGCUCGGCCCCGGCCGCCUCGGUCCCCGCGGCCUCCGUGGGCUCCACGGUUCCUGGGGGCGCGGCAUCGACGCCGGCCCCGGCUGCAGCGUCGGCUCCGGCCCCGGCCCCGGCCCCGGGUCCCUCGUCGGGGCCGCCUCUCGGGCCACCAGCCUCGCUCCUGGACACCUGCGCCGUGUGUCAGCAGAGCUUGCAGAGCCGGCGUGAGGCGGAGCCCAAGCUGCUCCCCUGCCUGCACUCCUUCUGCCUGCGCUGUCUGCCGGAGCCCGAGCGCCAGCUCAGCGUGCCCAUCCCCGGGGGCAGCAACGGCGACGUCCAGCAAGUUGGUGUAAUACGGUGUCCAGUAUGCCGUCAAGAAUGCAGACAGAUAGAUCUUGUGGAUAAUUAUUUUGUGAAAGACACAUCUGAAGCUCCUAGCAGUUCUGAUGAGAAGUCAGAACAGGUUUGCACCAGUUGUGAAGACAAUGCAAGUGCAGUUGGCUUUUGUGUAGAGUGUGGAGAGUGGCUAUGUAAGACAUGCAUUGAAGCACACCAGAGAGUAAAAUUCACUAAAGAUCAUCUCAUCAGGAAAAAAGAAGAUGUCUCAGAGUCUGUUGGAGCAUCUGGUCAGCGCCCUGUGUUUUGUCCUGUACAUAAACAAGAACAGUUGAAACUGUUCUGUGAAACAUGUGAUAGACUGACGUGUAGAGACUGUCAGCUAUUGGAGCACAAAGAACAUAGGUAUCAGUUUUUGGAAGAAGCUUUUCAAAAUCAGAAAGGUGCAAUUGAAAAUCUGUUGGCUAAGCUUCUUGAAAAGAAGAAUUACGUUCACUUUGCAGCUACACAAGUCCAAAAUAGGAUUAAAGAAGUGAAUGAGACUAACAAACGAGUAGAACAGGAAAUUAAAGUGGCCAUUUUCACCCUUAUCAAUGAAAUUAAUAAGAAAGGAAAAUCUCUCUUACAGCAGCUAGAGAAUGUUACGAAAGAAAGACAGAUGAAGCUACUGCAGCAGCAGAAUGACAUCACAGGCCUUUCCCGGCAGGUGAAGCACGUCAUGAACUUUACAAACUGGGCCAUUGCAAGUGGCAGCAGCACGGCACUACUGUAUAGCAAGCGGCUGAUUACUUUUCAGUUACGUCAUAUUUUGAAAGCACGAUGUGAUCCUGUUCCUGCUGCCAAUGGAGCAAUCCGUUUCCAUUGUGAUCCCACCUUCUGGGCUAAAAAUGUAGUGAAUUUAGGUAAUCUAGUAAUAGAGAGUAAGCCAGCUCCUGGUUAUACUCCUAAUGUUGUAGUUGGGCAAGUUCCUCCAGGUACAAACCACAUUAGUAAAACCCCUGGACAGAUUAACUUAGCACAGCUUCGACUGCAGCACAUGCAGCAACAAGUGUAUGCACAAAAACAUCAGCAGUUACAACAGAUGAGAAUGCAGCAACCUCCAGCUCCUGUACCAACAACAACAACAACAACGCAGCAGCAUCCUAGGCAAACAGCCCCCCAGAUGUUACAGCAACAGCCUCCAAGACUGAUCAGUGUGCAAACAAUGCAAAGAGGCAACAUGAACUGUGGAGCAUUUCAGGCCCAUCAGAUGAGACUGGCUCAGAAUGCUGCCAGAAUACCGGGGAUCCCCAGGCACAGCGGCCCUCAGUACUCCAUGAUGCAGCCCCACCUCCAAAGACAACACUCAAACCCAGGGCACGCUGGACCCUUUCCUGUUGUAUCAGCACACAACCCAAUCAACCCAACAAGCCCUACCACAGCAACUAUGGCAAAUGCAAAUCGAGGUCCCACCAGUCCAUCUGUUACAGCAAUAGAACUAAUUCCCUCCGUCACCAACCCAGAAAACCUUCCAUCGUUGCCAGACAUUCCACCUAUACAGUUGGAAGAUGCUGGCUCAAGUAGUUUAGAUAAUCUACUGAGUAGAUAUAUCUCAGGCAGUCAUCUACCCCCACAGCCUACAAGUACCAUGAAUCCUUCCCCAGGACCCUCUGCGUUAUCACCUGGAUCUUCAGGCUUAUCCAAUUCUCACACACCUGUGAGACCCCCUAGUACAUCUAGCACUGGCAGUCGAGGCAGCUGUGGAUCGUCAGGAAGAACUGCUGAGAAAAAUCAUAGUUUCAAAUCUGACCAGGUGAAGGUCAAGCAAGAACCUGGGACUGAGGAAGAGAUAUGCAGCUUUUCAGGAGCUGUGAAACAAGAGAAGACAGAGGAUGGCAGGAGGAGUGCCUGCAUGUUGAGCAGUCCUGAGAGUAGUUUGACACCACCUCUUUCAACUAACCUCCAUCUAGAGAGUGAGCUGGAUACAUUAACAGGCCUGGAGAACCAUGUGAAAACUGAACCUACAGAUAUGAAUGAAAGCUGCAAACAGUCAGGACUCAGUAGCCUAGUUAAUGGAAAGUCUCCAGUUCGAAACCUCAUGCACAGGUCAGCAAGGAUUGGAGGAGAUGGCAAUAGCAAAGAUGACGACCCAAAUGAAGACUGGUGUGCCGUCUGCCAGAAUGGAGGGGAUCUUUUAUGCUGUGAAAAAUGUCCGAAGGUCUUUCAUCUUACUUGUCAUGUUCCAACACUUCUCAGCUUUCCCAGUGGAGACUGGAUAUGCACAUUUUGCAGAGAUAUUGGGAAGCCGGAAGUUGAAUACGAUUGUGAUAAUAUGCAACACAGUAAGAAGGGGAAAACUGCACAGGGCUUAAGCCCUGUGGACCAAAGGAAAUGUGAACGUCUCCUGCUUUACCUCUAUUGCCAUGAAUUAAGUAUUGAAUUCCAGGAGCCCGUUCCUGUUUCGAUACCGAACUACUAUAAAAUUAUAAAGAAACCAAUGGAUUUAUCGACGGUGAAAAAGAAGCUUCAGAAAAAACAUUCCCAGCAUUACCAAAUUCCAGAUGAUUUUGUGGCUGAUGUCCGUUUGAUCUUCAAGAACUGUGAAAGGUUUAAUGAAAUGAUGAAAGUUGUUCAAGUUUAUGCAGACACACAAGAGAUUAAUUUGAAGGCUGAUUCAGAAGUAGCUCAGGCAGGGAAAGCAGUUGCAUUGUACUUUGAAGAUAAACUCUCAGAGAUCUACUCAGACAGGACCUUCGCUCCUUUGCCAGAGUUUGAGCAGGAAGAGGAUGAUGGUGACGUAACAGAAGACUCUGAUGAAGACUUUAUACAGCCUCGCAGAAAGCGCCUAAAGUCAGAUGAGAGACCGGUGCAUAUAAAGUAAAGUGACGUGGACUGAAAUCAGUCUUUUUUAAAAAGAAAGAAAUAACAGAAGAAGGAAACAAAACAAAAUGCCCUUUUAUUUAAGAGUUACUGGAAUAUCCUGUGUACAGUGGGUACCUCCUUAAGAAGCUGGUAGCUUUCAUACAGUAUUAGAUUGAAAUAAUGGACACAGAAAACAUUCUUGUCACGAAAUGGGGAGAGAAUGCUGCAACUUUACGAACAAAGUCAGAAGUGAAGGAGAGUGAGGAUUUGUUACAAAUGAAGAUGGUUUUCUGGCUAUUAGGAACUUAAAUGAUCAUGUGCGCUAAUUGGUGCAGGAUACUGAGUCAAGCCUACGAGGCUUAUGUUGCAUCAUGUGUCUCUGCUGGAGCACACAGUUACUCAAACAACUUACAAGCCUCCCCCUACACAGACACAAAUGGGUUGUUUUCUGGUUAAAAAUCGAGUAAGAUUCCACUUGAAUGGCACUAAAGGUGCAUUGAAUCAUGCCACUGUAUUUUCUCUCAUUUGGAUCUAUUGGGCCUUAGUUUUGAAAUUGGUUUAAAGAACCCAAUCAAUGGUAGUUUUAUUUUCUACUUAGAUGUAGGAUCUAUAAGAACAUAACCAUUGAUCAUCUGGUCAACUUCAGUGGUGUACUGAAAUGAAUAUGAUAAAACUUCAGUAGUGGAUCAUACAGAUUUAUGGACAUCAUUUCCAGAAAAUCCUUCUAAACAAUUACACGUACUGGUCAAAUCAUCCGAUCAUACAGUUACUCCCUCAAAAGGCAGAACAUUUAUUUCAGAAUUUUCUGUACAUGUAAAUUAGAUUGAGAAGGUGACAACUGACUCUCACCCAGUCUUUCUUUGUACCAGUUUCCAGUAGACCACUAUUGGUAAACAGAAAUCUGUCAGCUACCAAAUGUGUACAAUUUUCUGUAUUUCACUUUGUCUUAUUUGUAAAUAGUGAGCUCAGACUUCUGGCAGAUCAGCAACAUUUGCUGAGCCUGUUUUUUAAGCUAAUGUGUAUUCUUACUAAUGUUCCUAUCAAGAAUGGAUUUGUAAUAUAUGCUGUCUAUUUCUAAUGUUCACAUUCAUAUUUUGAGGUUCUAUCUUAUUUUAAUAGAGAACAGACUUCUCAAAAAAAAUCUUCAGAAGCAGCUUAUUAUUGAAAUAUCAAAAUAUUGAAAUAAACCCGGUGGGGUUAGAUUACUCAUCUGUCCACCAAGUGGGACAUGUGCAUGGACUGGGGGCUUUAAAUGACUUCGAAGAGACCUGUAAGUAAAUCCUGAAAACGAGCCAAUCCCCACUUGAAUGGUAAUUGGAAUAAACCCAACUUGAUUUACUGCCUGAGGACAGGAGUAGUACCUGAAGCAGAUAGACCAUCUUGAUCUGGUGUAUUUUUCUCCUCUUCGUUGUGAUGCUCAAAUCAAGUGUGCUCUAGACUGUGUGCGCAUCUCCGUUGGAUUAAAAGUCGUAGUCCUACUUUUGUAUGGACACAGUAGAAUUAUAAAGUGACCAAAGUAGAAUCAACAUCAGAAAUGUUUCAGGUGUCAGCAGAUAUGUGGCAAAUCAUUUGCCUCUUAAAAAAAUCAGUUUAAGCAGUUCAGACUGUAGACUUCCUCAGAAAACUAUUUGACAUAAUUGUCGAAGAAGUGAAUAUUUUUAGUGUGCAUUGAAUCAAAUAAAGUGCUCUAAAGAAAUUAUUGUACAGAUUCUUUUGGGUUUUUCUUUUUUUAACAAGGGAUGUGGGUAAAGAGGAGUAUGAUUUAGGUCUUCUCAUACUGCACUUAAACAAUAUUGAUCUUAUUAUUGCUUCAUCUCCUGGCUUCCUUCUAGCUUCUCUUUCCUUAUAAAUUAAGCUUCAUUAAAAAAAAAAUGCUCCAAACUGUCUUAUUUUAUUGAAGUUUCAAGUUCUGUUUUAUAUGAGGGGAAGAAAAUUUAUUUUUAACAUGUUCUUUUUAUAUCUAUUUCUCUUUUCUUUAAUACCCAUGAUUCUAGUUUGUAAGUAGAUGUAUAUCUAAGGGUACAUUUGUCAAGUGGGGAGUAAGGGUUAGCUUCAUUUUGUGAAGCUUCUGAGCUAGUAUUUUAUAUUUGUUUCUCAUAUUAAUCCUUUACAAUUUAGUAAUAAGUUGUAAAUGAGCUCUGUCAAGUGGGGCAAACUCAGAUUUUUAAGCAAAUGUUUCUCAAUAUUUGAUUCCCUGAGAGAGAAUAUUUCCUAAAAUCAUUCUCAUGUUACUUGGGGUUUUUGUUUUCCCUUUGUUUCUUUUAAUUUAAGACCAUCAAUUUAGAAGCUUCUUUAUGGUCAGUGUAUAAUUGGCUCCAUUUCUAUUAGCAAAGAUACCCCUAUUGCUGAGGAAUAAUUUUAAUUGCUAUCAACAAGCCUCUCUUAAGUGAUUAUUCACUUUAACUUUCAUAAAGCCCUUUUUUGCACAUUAAUUAUUUCAUUUCCAGGCUGUUCAGCUUUAACAUAAGUAUGGUUAAAAAGUAUACAAACUUAAAUUCUUACUCAAGUUAUCUCCCGUUUCCCUGUUUAUAUUUUUAAAAGACAGAUGCAGAGUGUCUUUUAAGUCCUGGAUGCAGAUGUGAUAACUCUGAUGUUUGCAUUCCUUGCUGGAGCCUCUGUCUCAGAUAUGGAGAAGAGUCCACAUGAUGAUUCCUUUAAGUCCUUCAAAGUUCUUGAUGGACUUUGGGUUAUUUUUCCCAUUAGAGAACUAGGGAUAAAUGUUCCUCAACCUGUUCUGCUGGCCUUAAUUUACCUAUCUCAACACUUGACUCCACUGCUUGACUGAGCUAAUGAGCUGCUUUAUCAGGUCUGGUGUGUGAGGGCUCUAGACGUCUGGUUAUAUUGUGAACCUUGCUUUACAUGCAAACACCAAACAGUUAGCACAGAGCUAUGGUAAAGCAUUAGAUCCCCUGCUGAAAUUGCCCCCUUUGGAAUCAACAGGUUGUGGGGUUUUUGCCCCCCCCCCCACUUUUGUUUCUUACAAAUCUUAGAUUAUUAAAAGUCAGUCCUCAUUCUUUCUUAUAACAGGUUUUGAGAUUUUUUUUUUUUUAGUUAAUCCAAAGACAGUGCUUUAAAGUGUGCAAAUUAUAGAUUUAUCAAUUACCUCAGCAGGUAUCCUGCCAUGUAUUUAUUAGUGAGUAGUGUUAGUAAGCCAACAGAUUCUGAGGUCUUCCAACUAUGCCCUUGGGUUGUGGCUUACCACAUGUUAUUAAACAGUUUGUUCUAUUCAAAAUGGGGAGUCAAUGCUGUAGUCCCCCCCCCCUUAGCCUCUACAUCUGGUACCCAGCCUCUUUCACGUACAGCACAUAAAGUACAAAAAUUCCGUUUCUUGUAGCCAGCAUUGGAUUGGAUCAGUAAAUAGGUUUGUUAAUAAAAAUUUAAGAAAAAAGCCUACCCACCCUAUCUCCCUCAAUUAAAACAAUUUCUUUGGGCUGGAGAGGUGGUUCAUAGGUGAAAAGCAUCUGUUCCACAAGCAUGAGGGUCUGGGUUUGGAUCUCCAGCACCUGUAGAAAGGUGGGCACAGUAGAGCCCAGUGCUCAUACAGUAGAUGGGAGGGAGGCAGAGGUGGCGUCUCCAAAAGCCCAAUGGCCAGAUAGCCUGGCAUGUUCAAUGCUGAGUUCCUCUCAAAGAUGGGAGGUGUAGACUAACACCUGAAGUUGUUGUCGUCUGACUUCCACAUGUGCACUCCAGCACACCCUCACACACAACCUGUGAGCAUACACACCUCCACACACGUCCUCACACACAACCGGCGAGCAUACACACCUCCACACAUCCUCACACAUAACCGGCGAGCAUACACACCUCCACACACGUCCUCACACACAACCGGCGAGCAUACACACCUCCACACAUCCUCACACAUAACCGGCGAGCAUACACACCUCCACACACGUCCUCACACACAACCGGCGAGCAUACACACCUCCACACACGUCCUCACACACAACCUGUGAGCAUACACACCACACACGUCCUCACACACAACCGGUGAGCAUACACACCCUCACAUACACCCUCACACACAACCUGUGAGCAUACACACUUCCACAUACCCUCACAUGAUAUGCAAGCAUACACACUGUCACACAUGCACUCUAGCACAUACACCCUCACACACAACAUGUGAGUGUAUACACCUCCACACAUGCCCCCAAACACAAUAUUUAAACGUACACACCAUUUUUGCCUCUUUACUAGUUAUCUGCUGAAGGUGAUUGAGAUUUUCAAGGUGUAUUGCAGUUGGAUUGUACGCCUGACCUGGAUUAACUUACUUCUUCCAGUUAAUGCUUCCUUGAUAAAGCAAUAACGCUGCUUUGAGUCUGUUGCCUAAUAGCAUGUCAUAACCCUCUCCUGGAUGGUGAUUUUUUAGGAAAGUUUGUAUGCAUAUCACCCAAUCUAUCUUUUAAAAAAUUAAGAAAUUUAAAUGUAUGCUGGAAGUAAUGACAAUAUAUUGUGGCAUUUUAUUUUAAAAAAAUUGGGGAAAGUUGCAUAUUUUUUUAAAAGUAGCUGUUUGAGUAAAAAAAAAACUGAAGGUACUUUUUUAAGAAAAAAAAAAUUUAUAUGCCACAGUUUACAUAGACAUUUCCAAAUGUCAGCAUUUACUCUUGGGUAUAAUGGCUUCUUUACUUGGCUAAAUGCAUGUUUUACUUGAUCAGAAGAUCUCUCCCAUCUUAGUUACUUCUGUUUCCUUACGUGAUCCUUUAUAUAUUUUUAUUGUAUCUAGAAGCUAAAUUAUCUUCAAAAGUAAGUUGGGUAUAUUUGUUAAACUACAGAAUGUAUAGAAUCAAGGUUAGCCCUUUUCUAGCAAGUGUUAUUUAAAAACUGAAAGUGAUACUGUGUUACAUUCAACGAAUUCCUAUGAAGGCACCAAAAUGAUUUUUUAAGUGCCACAAUACUCCACUCAAUUGUGGCCUAAAUUUCAUUCUUAAGAAUGAAAUGCUUGUCUGCUCCUCAUCUGAGAAAUGUAGGCAUUUACUAUGGUUUAAAGCAGCAAACCAUGGAUGUAAGCCUAUAACACAAAGUGUGUGCGUUUGGAAAGCCUGUUAAUUUCUGCGUAGACAUGCACACACAAAAGGGUCAAAGUCACAGCCUUACUAGUUCCUUCCUCCCAGUAUUUCAACUGGUCUCCCCUCAUUACUACUACUAUUUUUGCACAUAGUUAACUAUCCUUCAGAAUGAUUCUUUAAAAGUGCUGUUUCUGUGGUAUUGUAUUCUCUAAAUGAUCAUAUUUAAUUUUUUAAACAAGGUUACAAUUUCUAAUUGUUCUGUUCCUGUAUUUUUUGCUGCUGUGUAAUAAAAGCAAGUUUUUUCUUUUCAUGGUUAUUUAAUACAUUAGCUGCCUGUAAAUAAUUCUUGUUACAAUGCUCUGGAAUGUGUUGUAGAGGUUGUAUUAGAUUAGUUUGAAGCCUUGUUUAAAAAAACACAUUGUUUUGGUUAUUUCUAUUAAAUUAGAAAAUUGCAAAAGUU